AUGAGGCUGAAGGACGAGAUCACAAGGCGGGAGUCGCUUCUCGUGGCAACCAUCGCCGCCUUAGCUCACAGGAUCCAGCACUCCUUGACCUCGGAGCACAAGCGAGUGUCCACUUCCACGCACAACAAGCUCCAGUCUCAGGUUUGGUCCAUCGAGGAACUUCGCAAGGCUCAGGAGGCCGCGUCGCCUUCCCACCAUUCGCAGAAAUCUUACCAGCCCUUGGUGGCCAUGACGGCCUCACAGGGGUCGCUGUACCCGGGAACAGGGUCCGUCAAUGUUCCUCAGCCCAUGAGCAUCAUCCACGCAUCGUCGCCCAGGAGGUGCGUGGAGAAUUCUCGCAUCUUGCCACCAAGCAGCCUGCUGAUAGACAGGAGCACUGGUGCCAAACACUGUGAGGACCCGGAUAAACAAGAAGAGGAGGAGGAGGAGGAGCAGGAGGAGGAGGAGGAAGGUGGAAGAGGUGAUGGAGACAACGUCGAAGAAGUGGGAGGAGUCAGAGAGGAGGAGGAUUUGAUGUGGGUGCGGCAUGUGGCUGUUGAUGGCUUCGAUGGUGCAAGGGCCGAUGAUGAGGAGGCCCAGGCAGCCGACAACUACAUGGCUUCACAGGCGGGCGCCCGCAAGGAGAGCUUGAGGCCUUAUGCUGACAUGUGUGAAGUUUGCUGGAAGCGAAGAUAUGUGCCAACAGUCACCCGCGCGGAUAGUACUGCGUGGCGUUUUGUGGUCAGUGCUGCUGUCGCUUCCGAGUCCGCCUCGCUGCCGACGAUGAACAUCUCUGCGGGGUUUUCGAUGAAGCUAGGCAACCAGCUCGGCUUCAAUGCUUAUGCCAAUCUACGUGGCCCCUUUGUGGCCCGCCGCGACAUUCCGAUUCUUCCGAAGAACCCGCGGGCCACGCAGAGGGAGAUAUACAAAGCACGUGUGGAGGAGGUCUGGGUGAUGCCUGAACGACUUCGCCCAGAGACUCUGCCACCGGCGGGGCAACAAAAGGAGCGGCGACAAGGCAAGAGGUUGGUGUCCGAAAAUACGAACACCCUCAGCCAUGUGGAUACCCUGAUUUGGGGCUCAGACAUUGACAAGAGUGACGGACUUCUCAAGCAAUGUGAUUCCGAGAUUUACCGGGGUGCUGCCGGCCUGAAUGCAAAGGCAGAGCGCACGCCGAUCUACGGCUACAUCCCUCCCGUCUGUUAUCGAACUUUCGGCCCCGAAGGGCCCGUUCGUUUCCAGUGA